AUCGAAUAUGGCUCCUCUCCCAAAGAAAUCAAUCGACCAUUUCAUCCACCCAGGCCACCCACUAACGCCGUUCGACGGCGACACGGAGUACUUAUGCGACGGCUGCAAAACCGUCGGCGGCGCCGGGAAGCGAUUCCGGUGCAGCCACAGCGUCUGCGACUUCGACCUCCACGACUACUGCGCCACGUGCCCGCGCCAACUCACCUCCUUCAUGCACAAACCCCACGCGCUGGCGCUCGUGAUGCGUAAGGGGCAAUCCCAGCGCGUGAACGAGCGCGUGUGCGACGUCUGCAAAGACCCGGUCGAGGGUUUGUUCUACCGGUGCAAGGAGUGCGAGUUCGACGUGCACCCGCUCUGCACGCAGCUGCCGGAGAAGCUGCAGCACGCGCUGCACAAGCCCCACCCGUUGACCCUCCGGUCGUCUCAGAUCGCCGGAUCCUGCGCCGUCUGCCGGGGCCCAUGCGGAAGCUCCACGUGGCGGUACAGGUGUGGGGAGUGUAAUUUCGACAUUCAUUUGGAGUGUAUUUUAGUGCCGGUGGUUUCCUGCCAGCAAAAGGGAGCCGGCGCCGGGCCGCAGACGAAUCAGCGUGGAGUGGUGCCGCCGGUGUUUGACCAGGGGAUUCCUUUCCGGCCGCCGCCGCAGUUUGCACAUUAUAACUACGGGUUCCCUUAUUAUUAUCAAGGCCCCACCCCUGGUUACAUGAAUCAUCCUCCUGGUUAUGCUAACCAUCCUGGUUUUAACUAUGGUUAUAAUAAUCAGUACUAUAAUAUGUAUCCAAACAACGCAAUGCCGCCGCAGAAUGAUCACCAGGUGGCCGGUGGUAGUAGUAACGGUAAUGGAACAGGGCGAAAUGGGAAGUCCAUGUUUGCUCUAGUGGGGCAGCUUGGUUUCGGCGUUAUCUCGAAUAUGAUUUUUGGAGUUGAUGUAACUUCUUUAUUUUAAGGUUUUCGUAUUGGGGAAGGUAGGAUGGUGAAAGAUCGGAGAUGCAUCGGAGAAGAAAAGCAAUUAUCUAACUCCACGAUUUAAGAUUCGAUUCAACGAUUCCUUUCGAUUUUUCAAUUUUUCAAUUUGAAUCAUAAGAGAAAUUCCGAAUUGACAUAAUUCUGUCGAUUUGCUCC